AUGGUGCUAGUGGUGGAGGGGCAGUGCAUGGGUCAUCCGCCAGCCAAAGUAGACGUCACAGCCGCCAAAAGCACAACCAACAACCCCUGCACCAGUGCAGUGGACGUCAUCCCCAGCACCAGUUCAGUUGACGCCACCCGCAGGACCAUUGCAGUGGACGCCAUACCCAGCACCAGUUCAGUGGACGCUGUUCUUGGCAGAGGCCCACCAGUGUACAGUCCUGUCACACGGCCCAAAGUGUCCCUAUCAAUGUUUGAAAAGUCAAGGUUUGGAGGCCCUCAUGCGGCUGCAGCCAAACCUAAUUUAGAUGUGCAGUGGAAACCCUCUCAGAUUCCACAGACUCCACCGAUUCCUGCCACAUCCACAUCACCCUUAAACCCGAUGCCCUCUCCGGCUCUCCGGCCCAUCAUCCAGCCCGCCUCUUCCUUCUUCCUUCCUCCAGCAACAGAGACCACAGCUCCCACUCCACACAGGUUCUUCUCCCACCGGCUCCUGGUCUGGAUGCCCUACAGGCUGUGGAAGCUACGCCUCCAGUGCACCAACCCUGCAUGUGUCGGGCAUCAGUUGUGUGGUGGUGGACUGCACAGGAGGGUGCGACAGGUGCUGGACAUCGACAACUACUACAACAUGGUCACAGAGACCCUUAUCUGCCCCAAGUGCAGGUCCAGCUACCUGUCCUGGGGACACACUGUGCUGCAGCAGUUAGACCUGGCCCAUCGGUCCGAGUUCAGGGUCAUCCUCACACGCAAACAUGCCUGUGACAUACGUGUCAUUCGUUUGUUGCAUGAGAGGACUCUGGGGAAUGGACUGCUGACGUUUCAGGAACCUCCAGCACCUGUGGAAGUGCCGAGCUACAAGUGGCUCCUCACUGUGUACAGCAAGGACAUCCUCACCAGGCUGGACGACAUCAAGGCAGCCAUCACCUCCACUUAUGGGUCCAUUUUAAAAAUGGACUCCACCAAGAAGAUCACAAAGAAAUUGAGUGGGCCUGCAAAGGGGACGGCACAGUGGAUGACGUCUGUGGGCAACGAAAUUGGUCAGGUGCUGAUUAGUGUCCUGACUGCAGACGAAGGUGGUGGAAUCGAUGCAGUGGCAGCGGGGUUGGUGGAGCGAUACAGGAGGGCAAGUGUUGCUCCCCCGACCCUGCUCUAUGUGGACUCCCACUGCUGCGAGGAGGCAGGGGACACAAAGCUGCAGCAGCGGUUUAGUGGCUGGCCAGAUGUCAUUAUCCGCCUUGACAUCUGGCAUUUCAUGCGACGUCUGGCUGGAGGGGUCACAACAGAUGCCCAUCAGCUGUAUCCUAUCUUUAUGGCGAGGCUGUCGGCAUGCAUUUUUGAAUGGGAUGCUGGGGACCUUACGGAUGCAGAGGUGGACAAGCGCAUCUCCAAAGCAGAGCUGGCACUCCACUGUAGGAGAAGGACACGUGGGACGGACAACACCAUCAGCCUCCUGGACAUGCUGAUAGGAGAGCUUAGCGGGCCCAAAGCCAAAGACUCAAUGGGUGUUCCGCUCUUUGACACUGUGCGGAUGCAGCACUUAUGGCGGGUUCAGAAGCGCCAUGUUGGCUGCAUUCAGGACCCCCCACAUGUGCAGCUCUACAUGGAAACGGGGACGGUUGCCAAGGGUGGAAUGGUAUUGAAGACCUUUAGGUGCGCCAGAGGUUCAACGUCGCUGGAGUCCUUUCACUGCCACCCGGCCAGAUUUAUUCCAGGGAACAGCGCCAAUAGUCUCAAUUUCCAGAUUUAUCUGUUGGAAGGUCUGUUCCGAUGGAAUAAAAACCGCGCUGCAGCUGCACUUGUAGGUGGGGGCAAUUCAGCCCAGCGGACUUACACUGGGGAGCUGGUGUAUGCUGUGAACACCAGCUACACAGCACUGUUGGGCAGGAAAUUGGUCCCCAGAUUCUCUCCACCUGCAGUACACACAGUGGCGCCAGAUGCUGCGCUGCCUCCUGCCCAGCUGCCCUCUUCUCCACCUCUAGUUGGUUCCCACCCGCCCACUGCCCAGGGUCCACCUACUCCUGUGCUGCCUGUCGCCCAGCCGUUCUUUGGACCUCUGCUUGGUGCCCAGGGUCCAUCCGGCUGGGUGCCCCCAGCAAUGGUAAGCUGCCCGCUGCCCAGCCGCCCUCUGCCCAAGGUCCACCUCCUCCUGUGCUGCAUGCUGCCCUCUGCCGUGCUGCCCCCUGCCCAGCUGCCCUCUGUCCAGUUUCGACCUGCUCCAGUGCUUCCACCCACUACCCAGCUGCCCUCUACCCAGGGUCCACCUGUUCCAGUGCUGCCUGCUGCCCAACCGCCCUCUGCCCUGCCUGCCUCAACCGGUUCUGUGCCCUCAGCAACGGCUGUUGGAGGACAUGGCAUUCCAGGAUUGGAAAGAGUGGAUGAGUUGGCGGAGUAUCUUGUCGAACUGAGGACCCAAAGCAACCUUGUACUGAGUCCACAACAAGUGGCAACAAUUAUCAGCUUGUGGCAGAACCUGGAGCAGUUCGAUAAAGAUAGGGUGAACUAUGCUGCUCGACGUCAGGACAGGCUCGUUACGGGGAAGUUUAGGUCGUCAAAAAAGAAGGCUGCCUUCACUCCUGGUGUCAACAGCACAAAGAGGUGCGUCCUGGGAUCCAGUGGCUCUCCGGCUCAGUGGCCUAACUGCUCUCGCCUUGUAGAGAUGACCUAUGUGAGGCUGUGUAACAUCCACCGCAGCCCCAAAAAUAAAGGCACAGCAUCCCUAUCCAAGUGGGACCUCGUUCUCAGGGAUUAUAGAAAAAUUAGGCAGCUAAUCCUGAGUAACUCAGAGGUAAUGCAGCACACCACACUCCAGCUGGUGGAGGUCAACCAGAGGAUGCUCAUCACGUGGCACAAUGAGCGUCGAAAGGGUCAGGAGGUGUCGGCGCUUUUGCAAGGUCUGCAACUACCUGUGGCUCGGCCAGUCACUUUUGACACCCUGCCUCCAGCACGAGUGCAGCCUGUCACACCUCCACAGUACAGCCACCAAAUACACGCAUACAAAUGGCCGCCAAACACAGCUGAGCAGGUGAAGACCAAGCUCAAAAACAUUCAGGCCUCUGCCUCAGCUAUCUCAGCCCCUAUGGCAACAGAACCUCAGUUGCCCAGAAUGCUUCUGCCCAAACCAGCACCAGGGUCUCAAUUUGUGUUGCCAUAUCCUACAGUUCUACAGUACAGAAUGCCCAUCACUAACCCUGUAGCAAGCGCUCCCAUGUCUCCCAUGCCCCCUCCACCUGCAGAGACAACGAAACGCAAGUACACCCGUACUGUGACUACCAAUUUGUGUCGAAAAUGUGGCCAGUUUCGUACAGGGGAAACUGGCCACAGCCAAUAUAAAGGGAAAAUGUACUGCCCAAACACCGAGAGCAUAACCAAAGAGGAGUGGCUGCGAAGAAUGAGGCAGUUAUAGUGCAUUUACUUUGCUGGAGCAA